AUGGGGUUUGAUUUUGUUUUUUUUAAGGCGAUCGACAGGACGAGCCUCGAGCCCGCAGGACUCGCUUGUGUCGUUGCGGAGCUGCUUGCCGUGACGCUGUUCAGCGUUGUGGUCGGCGUCCUGCUGCGCGUGCUGCCGCCCUGGUGGGCGAAGAGGAGCCUGCCACGACGCGCAGCUCUUGGCCGCAAGAGCCGCACACAAGAGAAACAUGUAAGGGACAACACCGCCUCCAUUCCCACGGCCAGCGCGCGGGAGGUAACACAAGAGGAUGAUUCUUGCAAUCCCGCAGCGCCGCGUGCCGAGUGCGCACAGCCGCUCGUCCCCGAAUCGACAUCUCCAGAAGAAACACCAACAGUAGUGGUAGCAGCAAAGGCGGCUCCAGCGACAUCGGGACACGAGAAAGAGAAAGGGGAGGAUGAAGAGGAAGAGGAAGAGGAAGAGAGAGAGCUCAGCGGCGUGAGCCAUGAUAUGAAGGCCUCACAGAAAGAUUGUGUUCCACUCGACGACGUCCUCGAUGAGUUCUUUGGGGAAGAGCAGCUGCUUGAGGAGGCCCUCUUGGGCGCAGCUGUGGGCGAAUCGGUAGAGCCGGUGGUGGCGCCGUUGACUUCCACCAAUCGUACACCACAACCACGNCCAACAAAGACGGUUGAUGGCUCUGCUGCGGUGGGGCGGGGGAGGGUCGUGCGUGCAAGUCGUCGAGGUCAGGCAAAUGGGACUGUGAGAAGUGCAACAACAAUAACGGGGGAUGAUGGGACGACCCUCGAUAGUGCCUUGGAUCAGUUUUUUCAUGAGGAGCAGUGCCUGGAGGAGGCGUUGCUAGAAGGACAGUGA